AUGACACAAGAAACUAAGAAAGUAAAACAGAAACAAGUAGGAAAAGAAAAAAGAAGUCAGAAAAAGGAAAAAAAAACUGAAGAAUAUGUGAAAAAAGACACAACUGACAAUGUUAAGUUAAAAUAUGGACCUUCUAUAAGAUUUCCUUAUCAAAGAGUAUGGUCUCGUUCUGCCCUGAUAUUUCCAGUAUUAUUUAUAGUUUGGUAUGGCAGCAGACAAGGAAAAGAGAUUUACUUAGCAAAACAAAAAGAGAUUUUAUUAAGUCGCACAUUGAAUGUUGGAUGUUCAAGUGAUUAUAAAACAGAGACAAGUAAAUAUCCUGACUGUGCACCUGAAAAAUGUGGGAGGAUAGUUACAGAUAAAUUAGUAUCGUCAACAGAAACUGAUGUCUUAUUGAAAAUAGCAGUAAGUGGUUUGAAUUUUGGUGGUUCUGAUGGAGGUGCAAGUAUCUUGGAUCUUCAUUCUGGUGCACUGAGUAAAGGUCAAGGUUUUAUAGACAUUUAUACUUUACCAGAAGCAAAAAAGAUAUUCAAUAGUGCUGAUUUUGCAAUUUAUAAAGUAGUAAAAACUAAAAUACAACAUGCAGUAGCACAUAACUUUGGCAUACCUUCGAACAAAAUAUUUUUAACAAAGCCAACUUUUUUUUCUCAAAUGACUAAUGUGUCUGCAAAAACGAUACAUGACGAAUACUGGCAUCCUCACAUUGAUAAGGAAACAUAUGAAUCUUUUCACUAUACAACUUUACUUUAUCUGAAUGAUUUUGGAAAGGAUUUUGAAGGAGGCCGAUUUAUGUUUAUCGAUAAAAAUAAUGUGAAAACUAUAGUAGAACCCCGCAAAGGUAGGGUAUCUAUGUUUACUUCAGGUAGUGAGAAUUUACACGUAGUUGAAAAAGUACAAUCGGGAACUCGAUAUGCGUUGACCAUAUCUUUUACAUGUGAUCCAAAUGCUGCAAUUUCUGAUCCAAAUCAUCGACUAAAACAAGAAAAAUAA